CACUUCGCUGACCAGCAAACUUGUGCUGAUGAAACAAAAGCACCAAAAGAAGACAUCGAGAAUACAUGAGACUAUGGGGGAUGAAGUAGAACGAGUCAAGGAAUUACUGGUGUAUGAGAGCCGGAUGACAGCUAUGAAGCACGAAGCGCAAAUACAGAAUCUCAACUCUGAGCAUACAGAAACCCUGAGAGAGCUUAGAGAACAAUUUGAUAACGAAAAAGAAGUGUGGAAAAUUGAACAUCAGGCUGCAUUAGAUGAUCUCAAACGACAAUUGAAGCGAGAGCACCAGAAUGUGACCAGAGAAUUAGAACAUUCGUGGAAGGACAAGAUGGCAGAUCUCCAGUCCUUGAUGUCUAUUGAUUCUCUGUCUAACCAGAAGCACUGGGAAAAUAAGAUGAGCGAAAUCCAAGACGAAAAGGAGUCUAGAGUAAAUCGAUUGCAAGGCCAGAUUGAGGUGAUCAAGGGACGUCUUGGAAAUGAGAUUGACAAACGGCGUCAGUGUCAGGCUCUUUUGGAAGUCAUGAAGCAAAAGGAAUACCAAGAUCAGGAGCAAGGUGAAAUAUACAGAGCUCAGGUGUCCAGACUAGUCAAAGUACAAAAACUGACUGAACAUGAGAUUGACAAGUUGAAACGAGAGCAUCGUAUGGCUAAUAAGUUAGCUAGAAAUAUGCUUAGUAUGGUUGGGCUUGAGGAAGAAAAGAGUAAUGGCCAAAAUAUUAGACUAGCAGAUAUGCUUGAAAGGAUUGUACAUCAUAUUGUUCUGCAGUCAUCAGGUAGACUAGCUUCUGAGCAAAUUAUGAUGAUGAACGGGUAUCAAUAGAAAGUUGAUAAAUAGUAUUUGUAAUUAUAGAAAUGUAUAUGUGUAAAGUAUUUAAUAUCAUUAUUUAUAUAUAAUAAAAUGAGUAUUUUUUGUGU